AAAAUUUUUUUGAACUUUCAAAAAAAAAAAAAAAAAAACAACAAAACAAUAAAAACAAUGUCAAAGAUUUGCAUGUAAUGUGAUGUGUUUGUAUAAUUUGGAUGUAAGAAGUUUAUUAUAAAACAGUGCUUUUAAUCACAUAAUGUAACAAGAACAAUACGAAAUUUUCCCAAUGAAAAUUUAGUAUACGGCAAACGCCAUGAUCAUUUGCCAAGCCCAUUAUUUUAUUUAUAUUUUUUCAUUAGUUUUUAUCAAUUUUUAUACCGGUCAAUGUAACAAUGAAAUUGCCAAUAACAUAGAUUUGGAGACGCUGUCUCAUCCAACAGUGAACGUAACCACAAAUAUUUUAGCAAAAAUUGAUAAUAAUAUUACGAUAACAUGUUACGUAAAACCAAAUGCCUCCCAAAUAUGGUGGACUCUACAAGAUUUCAACAUCACCGACGAAGAAAAAUAUUCAAUAAUUUAUUCCCCACCAGACAGUAAAGAAUAUUCGCAAAGUAUUCUAACAAUUUUAAAUGCAGAACUCACAGAUACCGGAAAUUAUACGUGCAACGCCAUCUCUUUGCAAUCCGUACAACCAGCGAUUGCAACUAGUUACGUAAAUGUAACGAUACCUGGUGAAGUGGUUGCAAAAAAGGAUACAGUACGUUUAAAAAUCGACGGACAUGAUACCUUGUACUGUGUGUUCAAGGGUUUACCAUUACAGAAUUUCCAUUGGAUAAAAGAGAACGAUACAUCGAGCUACGAAGAUCUGAAACCAUUAACGAAUAGCACACGCUUAAAUGAGACUCACGUGAAUAUGACCCUAAAUGUUGCGGGUAUUAAUCGAAGCGAUAAUGGAACGUAUCAUUGUAUCGCGGAAGAUGCUAUUCGUGGAACUUUCAGUGACAGUGUCACACUUUUGGUUUUGGAUAAGCCACAAUUACAAGUCGAUUUCCUGAAAGCUGUUGGAGCGCAUAUGAUUUUCAUCAAUUGGACGGUUAACGAUGGCAACGAUCCAAUUUUAAGAUAUGAUGUACAAUUUAUGGAAAAUGGUGUAGAAGCCUGGCAAUUUUAUCAAGAACAAAUCGGCGGGGGUAACAAGUCAUAUGUACUAAAAGGUUUUAAUAAUGGCACUGAAUAUAAAUUUCGUGUACAAGCUGUUAAUUCACUGGGAGCGAGUUUACCUGUAAUUACGCAAUCGAUACGAACGUUAGAUUCAAAUCCAGAUUUUGUACCGGAAAUUUCCGUGAAUGGUGUGACGUUUAAUUCGAUAACAAUUGGUUGGACCCAACCACCGCCUGAAUUAGCGGAUCAUGUUCAAUAUUAUGAGCUAGUCGCACAAGCUACUAAUUCUACAACGAACAAACAAGCUGUACAAACUGCUCAAAGUAUGCCGUUGUAUCUUUUCAUAAAUUUGGAAGCCGCAACUACGUAUACUUUUAAGGUUCGUGCUUGUAACGAAUAUACCGGGCAAUGUGGUCUAUAUUCCCAAGUUGUGAAUGGAACAACAAUGGAUGGAGCUGCCGGACCACCAGAAAAUGUUCAAGUCCAAUGUAAAUUUGAUAAUAUUAGCCAAACUAGUUUCUUAUUUGUCACUUUUGAACCGCCCAAAAAACCAAAUGGCAAAAUAGUCCACUACAAUGUUCAAUUAAAUGGCGUAUCGGAAUUCAAAAAUGAGCGUGGUGUACGAGAUCGUAAAACUUAUGGCCCUAAAAUCAAAACUGUCGAUGAAAAAUCACGCGUUGCACGUUUUGAACAAGUACCACCAAACACAAACUACACAGUCGAUAUAUCAGGUACAACACGUCCCAAAAAACAUGGCGAAAAAAUAUCAGUCAAUUGUACAAUGCCACCGACUGUCCCAAUCAAAGAUACCCUACUGAAAUUUUAUUGGACCAAACUAGAAGAGAAUGGGAUAUUCAUUUUUAAGUUAGCAAUCCCGAAAAUAUCUGAACAUACAGGACCAAUUUGUUGUUAUCGUGUAUUUUUGGUACGAUUAAAACCGCAACAAACUUUAGCCGAAUUACCUCCCCCAGAUGAUAUGACAAUCUCAUCUUACGCCGAAGUACAUCAGAAUGGUAGUGGGGGCGCGUAUGUGGCUGAAAUGUUUACCAGUGAUGUUCAACUUACCUACGUGUUUUUGGGUGAUUCUCUUUGGCUUAAUUCCUCAAACACCGAUUGCGUACGAUGUGUUGGUUUACAACCAGCGAAAAACAAGCCAAAACCUUCAACAACGACUACUACCUCGACGGAAACCCCCGUAGAAACAACUUCAAUUACCUCAACCAGUACUCUUAGUUCAACAGAAAGUAUCUUAGAAGACGCCACACUAAAUCCAAAACUUUCAUUACGAAAACGACAAAUUUAUAAUCGAAUUCGACGUAGCACAAUCGAUAUUACGAAACUUAUCGAAACAAAUGCUGAUAAAGCAGAUCCGACUUUACCGUAUGAUGGUCCUUUGGACGAAAAUAGUAAUUACACGGCAUUUGUAGAAAUUAUAGUUCAUGGGGCAGAGCCUCGACAAACAAUGGCCACAUAUACAGCAUACAUGGAUUUAAUGAGACCCGCAUCUGAUUUUAUUCCAAUUUCAGCGUUGAAUGAUACAAGCUUAGAGCCAUUGGGUCUAGUCACCCAAAUUAUUUGUGGGAUCUUGUUAAUUGCAAUCAUUUUUAUUCCAGCGAUUUGUAUCUUACAUAAAUAUACGAAACAAGUGGCACGAGCUCAAGGGGCAGAAAUGAUAACAUUACGUAAUUCAUUUAGACAAUUAUGUCGAAGUUUACGAGGACGGCAUCAGUUAGUUUCAUCACAUCCUCCUAAUAUGGCCCCAAUUGCCAAAGCUGACCUGUUUGACGCAUACGUAGAACGGCAUAGAGACUCUGAUUACGGUUUUCAACAAGAGUUUGAACAGUUACCAGAUCGAUUUCCCGAUCGUACAACUAGAGCUUCCGAUGCCAGGGAAAAUAUUUAUAAAAAUCGUUAUCCAGAUAUUAAAGCUUACGAUCAAACUCGUGUGAAAUUAUCUCAAGUGGACAGUAUCGCUGGAUCCGAUUAUAUUAACGCAAAUGUUGUUUUGGGGUACAAGGAACGAAAAAAAUUCAUAUGCGCCCAAGGACCAAUGGAUAAUACGGUAUGCGACUAUUGGCGUAUGAUUUGGGAACAACGAUUAGAGUUAAUAAUGAUGUUAACGAAUUUAGAGGAAUAUAGCAAAACAAAAUGUGCUAAAUAUUGGCCAGAUAAAACAGAGGGAACCAAAAGUUUCGGGGAUAUAAAUGUGAACCAUAUAAAUGAGUCACGAUACUCGGAUUAUAUUAUACGUGAGCUAAAAGUGAUUCGAGGAACGGAAGAAAGAUCUGUUACACAGUAUCAUUUUUUGGUUUGGAAAGAUUUUAUGGCACCAGAACAUCCACAUGGUAUUUUGAAGUUUAUUAAACGUAUGAAUGAAGCACAUUCGUUGGAACGUGGUCCCGUUUUGGUGCAUUGUAGUGCGGGUGUUGGACGAACUGGAACAUUAGUUGCGUUGGAUUCGUUACUUCAACAGCUUCAAGAGGAACAGCAAGUUACUAUUUUUAAUACAAUUUGUGAUUUACGACACCAAAGAAAUUUUUUGGUUCAAUCCUUAAAACAAUAUAUAUUCGUGUAUCGAGCGUUAAUGGAGAUGGCACAGUACGGUGACACAGAAAUGCCAGCAAAUAAAUUAAAAACAAUAGUGAAAAAUUUAAAAAAAUGUGACAAGGAUAAUAAAAGUGGAAUGCAAGAGGAAUAUGAGAAAUUAAAAUCAGUUUUAGAAGAUAGAAAAGCAUUUUCAGUGGGUACGGGUGAAGAGAAUCGACCAAAAAAUCGUAGUGAAUUAGUAAUACCAUACGAUCGAAAUCGUGUAAUAUUAACACCAAUACCAGGCCAUGAACAUUCCACGUACAUAAACGCUUCAUUUAUCGAAGGCUACGAUAACAGUGAAUCGUUUAUUAUCACUCAAGAUCCAUUAGAAUCAACCACACCCGAUUUUUGGAGAAUGAUCUUCGAACAGGGUGUUAAUAUUAUUGUUAUGCUGUCAGAUUUAGGUAGUGAUAAUACCAAAAAAUGUCCAAGAUAUUGGCCAGAUGAUGAAGUGACGUAUGACCAUAUUCGUGUCAAAUAUAUACAAUCAGAGAGUUGUCCGUAUUAUACACGACGUGAACUAAGUGUUACCAAUCGUAAAGUCGAUGAAGUUGUUAUGGUCACACAAUUACAGUACCAUGGCUGGCCUACAGUUGAAGGGGAAGUACCAGAAGUAACGCGUGGUUUAAUUGAACUCGCUGAUCAAGUAGUACAAGCACUUGAAGGCAAUACUGUUGCAUUUGGAAGUCAUACUCCUCCAACGGUUGUUCAUUGUUGUUAUGGAUCUGAUCGAAGUUCAAUGUUUGUGGAUAUUUGUAUUUUAAUUCAGCAACUUCGAAUUGAAAAACGUGUGGAUAUCUUUGCAACGACACGUAAAUUACGAUCUCAACGAAGUUGUAUGAUCAACACAUUUGCUCAAUAUGAAUUUUUGUAUCGUGCCAUAUUAAAUUACGCCGAUCUCCAUCAUCUUUGUGAAGAAGUCUCAGAUACAUAAAUUUCUUGUUAAUUCUUUUUUAAUAAUUAUGACCUCAAUCACACAUGUCACGGUGACGUCAUUGUGACGUAAAAAGUACAAGAAAUAAUCAUUUUUCAUCAAAAAAAAAAAAAAACAAUUCACGCCAAAGAUUUUUUUUAUUCAAAAAAACACUCAUUAAAAAAAAUUCCAAAAUCAAUAUCAAGGAGAUUGAAGAGAAUCGAGAAUCGACUCUGUUUUAUUUUUAUUUUUGAAAUAAUCAUUCAUUCAUAUUUGAUUCAUUUGCUUUUGUAUCCAUAUCGCCCGCCAUUUUGUUUUAUUUAUAAUUUUUAAAAUAAAAAGUUCUCCUUGAUAUGAUUAUGGGUGGUGACUUAGACAAUUUGGAAAAUCCAUUAUGGAAAAAAUUUAUUAUUUUUUAAGUGUUUCACAAUUUUAUCGCCACCGAUUUGCAAUAAGAAAAAUAUAUUUUGUAAUACAAAAAAUGAAAAAUAAGGAUUGCUAUUGUUGCCAUGGAAAAAAUAUGUUUUUCACACACAAAAUAUGGGAAGAGUUCAAGUAAUAUGUAAACAAAAUUUUCUUCAACUCAUGUUUCAAAGAAUUUCAAGUUUUUGCUAAAGUGUUUGUUUAAUUAUUGCACUGGAACUUCAGGAUCCUAAGGGGGGGGGGGGUCAACUUAGAAAAUCUGAAGAUAUCAGGAUGGGCUUGUCGUAGCCAUUCUUUGAUUCGGAUGGGAUACUGUUACUUCGUUUAUAUAAUCUUAUUUAUUGGGUUCAUAGAUGACACUGUCAUCCUUGUCUAUUGGGUGUGACAUUUCGAUUAUCGACUAACUUCAUGGUGUUAAAAAAUUGUAACUAACUUCAACAUGUAGUUUUCGUGUAACCUUGUGCGUGCGCAUCAUCAAAUUUCACUCUCAUAUUUCAUAACGCGCCUAAAGAAGUUUAACUUCAAAAAUAUUCUGACAUUCUAGAAUUGACUUCUAAACUCCUAAGUCUUCAUCGAUAUCUCAGAAUGAAUAUCUUCUGCAUCAUUUGAACCCCCAAAAUUCCCGUUUUUCUAGUUCGAUUUACUUUUGUAAAUGUUUUUUAAUCAGAAUAUGACGCAAAUAGAAAUUUCUGUAUUUUAAAAUGGAAGAAUUUCACAUACAGUCAGAGAAUUUAAAAAGAAAAAGUCAGGUAAUUUUCUCGAGCAUAAAGGUCCGGAAAAUUUGUUUAUGGGGAUGGCAGUAGUGUAUUUACAUCGCUAGAGAGCGUUGCAUCUGCCAUGGCAGCCACUAUAUUUCAUUCAUCACAUUAUUUUAGACAGUUGGGAUUGAAUUUAGACCUUGGCAAUUAAGAGGCACACUGUCCACCUCAAUUUCACCCCUCCGAUCGGAGGUAAAGCAAUAAAAAGAUGGAUCUAUUGACCAUGAUUACAUAAUACUUGAACGCAACCCAAUUUUUUGUUUUAUACAAGAAAAUUUUUCAUGCUACAAUUUUGUAUUUAGAAAAAAUGUAUGGAAAAUAAAUCCGUUUUUUUUUUUAUUAAUUUAUAAAAAGCAAUUUUAGCAUUUGUAUUUGAUAUUUAGCUUUUUGUGGAAAAAUUUUUGUAAGGCUACAAUUUAUAUAACCAUGUGAUAUUAGGGGAAAAACAAUCUCAAGCUGUAAAUUUUUCAAGCUACUUUGCUUUUUAUAUCGAAACGUUUCAUUUCUAUAUAUAUAGAUUUUUUUUUUAAAUUUUGUGGAUUUUGUAUAUAUAUAUAAAAAAAAAGAAAAAAAACUUGAAAAAAAGGACGCAACGAAAACUUAGUUACAUUCCUGAAGAAAACCUUUUGUAUGAACCCCAAAAAUCCUUUCUCCUUAAUAUCCUUUCCCUUGUUCCUCGUCACCUAAUGGUGUAGUCACUAACAAGAGUCUUUUUUUGAAAUCUCAAUUUUAGAUUUUAAUUUAAAUUAUUUUUUACUUUUUGACAUUUUUCAUUCAUUUUCUUCUAGCUUGUUUUAAUACUCUCGUCGAAACUAAAUCGGAUAGUCCCUAAUAUUUCAGGCCUUUAAUAUUUUUAAGAUUUGAUAUUGGGAGGCUUUAGAAAAAUUGUAUAUUUUAAAGUGGGGGGAGGGGGUAAUUAAUUUUGAGAACCAGUCAGACUGGUCACAUUUUGUACCACCACAGAGA